AUGAAACCUUCAUUUCGUGGUAGGAAGUCUUUUCCUACUCAAAAUGUGAUGACAGCGAUAGAUUUUGACCUUCGCUUCACAUACGUUUUGUCUGGUUGGGAGGGGACAUCACAUGAUGCGACUGUGUUAGCAGAUGCUUUAGAUCGAGAGAAUGGCCUAUAUGUCCCACAAGGCAAAUUCUACCUAGUUGACGCUAGUUAUGGAGCCAAGCCCGGGUUCUUGCCAUCCUUUCGUGCUGUGAGGUACCAUUUGAACGAGUGGGACAACAAUCCAGUACAAAAUGAGAAGGAAUUGUUCAACCUUAGGCACUCAUCUCUACAGGUGACGGUAGAACGUGACUUUGGAAGUCUCAAGAGACGAUUCAAAGUUCUUGAUGAUGCCACCCCGUUCUUCCCUUUCCCGGUUCAAGUCGACAUUGUUGUAGCUUGUUGCAUUCUUCAUAAUUAUGUGCUCUCUCAAGGGAUUGAUGACUUUGUUAUCCAGAUGUGCCUUGGUCCACCAAUACUACUCGGGCAUCAAGGGGAGAAGCAAAAUCUACAUUCUUCAAUGGAGAAUGUGGGACAACCUAGUGGGAGUGGACAGAUUGUGUGGACAAAUUCAAUGUCUAGCAUGAUGCUAAGCUUUUUGGCUGACCUUGUGGCUACUGGCACAAGAACUUCAAGUGGAUUCAAGGCGAUGCACCUUAACAACUGUGCAAAGGCUUUGAAUGAACAUUUCAAGACAGGAAUCACUGGCGCUCAGAUUAGCAACCACCUUAAAAAAUGGAGAAAGGUAUGGAUCAAUGUUACAAAGCUUCGGAAUUUGAGUGGUGCUCUAUGGGAUGAGGAUACUAGUACCAUUCGUCUUGCUGAUGACCACUAUGCAAACCAUGUGAAGGACCACAAAGCAUCUAUGGCAACGGGUAAGUAUGCCAAGUCUGAAAAUGAUCCUAUUUCUGUGGAAGUAAUUGACGUUGAAGAUGAUCAAAACACACCCAAUGAAAGUGGUACUGAGGUUAACAUGUCACCUAAUAUGGGUGAGUCUGCUAAUGCAAAUGCUGGAAAGUCUUCACAUAACAAACAACCACCUCGUAAGAAGGCAAAGGUUGAAGCAAAAGACGAAGAUCCUAUGCUGUCCACAAUCAAGUUUGGCCUUGAAAGGGUUGCUGCAGCCCUUGAGAAGAGUGCUGGUGGUGGUGAUGAAAUACCAGAAGGUCUUUGGGAUGUGUUGGACGGCCUUCCUGAUUUUGAGGAGGGCCAUCUUUGUUCACUAUUAUGCUCAUCUUGUGGAUAA